CUUGACUGGUCUGGAAUAGUGCAUUACCACUUGAUGGUCAUUUAUCCACUCCUAGUGCUGCUACCUGGAAGUUGCCACUAUAGUCCCUCUCGGAAGCCAGAAUAUCAGGCACCGGUUGAACAGUCUUUUCUAGUUUCGACAAAUAGCCACUGUCGAACACCGAUUUCUUGGAGGAAGCGCCUACGCAGCCUUUAUCUCCUACAACGAGAUUAACAACGACAGCGAUAGCGACACCAGCACAUUCUCUGCCAUCACUACCAGCAACAUAAGUUGAAGCAGACCUACAACUAAGGCAUCUCAAUGCAGACACGCAACCCAUGUCGGGGAUCAAGAAGGGUGGAGUUUGCAUUGCCAGGAAACGAAUGUAGAACGACCGCUGCACGUGGUCAUUCGCAUUCACAUGCCCAUGGAUAUACCCAUUCCUACACAGCUACGUGGCCCAACCAUGCCAAUUCAGGAUGCCCAGGACACCACGACGAGCACAGCUACGACCGCUACAUUCUCUUCAAAGCACCCACUUCAGACCCUAAUCCUUGCGGACAUUGCCAUGGACAUGGAUACGGGUGUGAAGGACGAUGUGGCCGACAACACGACAAUGGAGGGUGCUGCUCCGCGUCUCAGCACCAGCCCUGUUAUGACGGUCAAUGUGGGAACCAGUGCCAGGAACUAAGUCAACUUCGCUGCAUCGCUGCCGCUGCCGCCGCCUUUCCUUGUGCUGGUGCUGGUGCUGUGGCCGCGAGCGCGAGCGCGCGUGCGACGGCUGACGCGCAGAAUAUGUCUGUUCGAGCUACGGCGCAGACAUAUCGUGGCCAUGACCAUGCCCAUCGCCACCAGUAUCAAAGUCGAUGUGCAGAGGCCUGUGGGAAUGAAUGUGCGAGUUAUAAUCCGUGCAGU